UUUCACUCAGCUGUCAUGUUACAUCUUCAAUUAUCUAUUCAAUUCAUUUAAUUGGACUUAUUUGACAUGAUUCAGUUUAAAAAGUGUAAAUGAGUUUAUUCUCAGUGAAUUAAUUAACAAAAUAAAGUUAAUACUAAUCAACAUUAGAUUAGUUUCCGGAUUAGUGUGGGUGCUUCGGAUUCAACCAUUAUAAACCACAUCAACAUCAUAAUUUUUCACCGUAAUCACGCUGCAAUUUGUAGUGACUUCCGUAUGAGACAUGACCAGUUUCUUAAUUUAACAAUUUCGAUGGUUAAAUUUGCUCAAAGAAUUUAUAAUUGUUCUCUAAUUGUAAUUAAAAGCAUCCAUAAAGUAAACACUUGUUGCAACUAACCAAGCAUUAAAACUGGUGACAAUAAAAAUAACUAAAAAUUGACAAAAUUGCGAUUUUACAUUUUCUGUUUAAAUAAGUCGUUGAGACGCCACUCAACAUAUCAUUGGAAUAUGUAAAUUACAAUUAAUACUGACAAGGUGUAUGGAUCAUGGUAUGUCUUUAAGUCACUCAGAAAUUCUUAGACUCAAUCUAAGCUUCAAGUAAAUUCAUCAAUUAGCCAUACUUAAUGGCACUCUCACUCAUCAGCUGGUGAAAUAAACAAGCUUAACAAAUAGUUGAAUUUUUCGCCUGUUUUUUACCAUUUACUGACCAUCCAUUAAAUUAAAACAAUCAAGCAAUUAGAUUAACCUGAGGAUAUGAUCACCCUUCAUUUCAAUCUUCUCAAUCGUGUGACUGUCUUCCUACUUUUCAUUAACCUUUAUCAUUCUGUUUAAUUUCACUUUUCGUGAACUUGUACCUUUAUCUCUUCCUUCUCUCCUCUUACCGUUUGUGUCCAUUUUUCAAGCUUCUUAUCUUCCAUUCCUUCUUUUGUGAUUUCAAAUGUGAUUCUGAACAAUUUUGUGUUAAUGAUGUACACCGUAAAAAAAGUAGAACAUGAUGAUGAACAGGUUUUUGGUCAUAAGAGCAAAGGUAAAAAGAAAGGUAAGGCGAAAAAGAUACAAUGAAGAAAGGUUCACCGAUGCUGAGGGAGAAAGUAAAAGUGAGAAGGACCAAGAAGAUGCUUAUCUUCCGACUUUCAACAUGAUGAUGAUUCUGACGGACUCUGUUUAUCCGUAAACAGAAAUCAUAUCGAUUUUAUUGGACAGCAAAUUGAUUAAAGCCAUGAAGUUUACUAAAAUCGUGUUAACCAUCAACAUAAUCCUUUCAAUUGUAUUUCAUGUAUCUUCAGCUGAAUUAUUGGAUCAUAAUAACACAAAAACAACAACUAAACCACUUCUACCAUCAGAAGCAACAACACAAACACCAGCGGCUGUGACAACCUCAUCAUCAUUCUCAUCAUUCAGAGAGUCUGAAGAUUCUUCUGCAACUUAUCUUGAUAAUAAUGAUAGUGAAUCAAACUCGACAAAUGAUGAAACAGCGGAUUUAACCAGUGACGGUGCUAAUGAAUCUAUCGAUUCAACAACAUCAACUACAAUUGAUGAUGACUCUGAAGAUUUUGUGCCGUCUGCCGAAUCACCUGAAUCUGAAUCGCCUGGCUCCAAUAAGGAUUCAACUAAUGUGAUUAAUCCAGAGCAAGAUGAUCAAGUUAAUAGUCCAACAGAAGAUUAUUCCGAUAGUGAGGAUGAAGAUAAUCUUUAUCAUGUUGGUCAUAUUAAUCAGACGGUUGAAUUGUUGUCGAGAUGGGCCAAGAUCACCGAAAAUGCCAUUCAAAUGGUUGUUAGUGAAGCAAUGCCUCAUGCCACUGAAUUUGGUUAUCGAUUCGACAUCUCUGAGGAAUGUAUUCUUAGUCUUUUGCAGCUCGUAAAUGGUUUCCGUAAACAAAAGGCCUGGGCAUUUCGAUUAAUUGAUUCUUAUGGUCGUCCAUCGCCUGGAUCAUUAGAUGGAACUGUUACAUCUCUUGGUGAUUAUGAUGAGUGUCUUGGAAUCGAGUUUCCUAAAUAUUUUGGUGAAGAAGUCCCCAUAACAGGAAAAUAUUGUACAAUCCGGAUUGAUUUUCCAGUUCCCGAUAAACCAGAACGAGUUGAAUUUCAUCAGCCUAGUGUGGAGUUAAAUGGAACCCACCUCAAUGAAACAGUUUGGGGUUAUUUAACCAAAUAUCUAAGAACGGCUUACACUAUGCGAGGUUUUCGUUUCGGUGUUUGCAUACCAUCAACAUGUUCAGCUGAUGAAUUAGAGCCUGUUAUUAGGAAAGCUGCUUCACCAAUCCUACAGAUGCCCUUGACCUUCGGACCUGAUGAUGAGUGUUCAUAUCGAGCUGAGGUCAUUCCCUUGAAUUUUUACUCCAAAAUAUCAUUAACCUUUUUUGCCGCCAUAAUUAGUGUCGUUGUACUUUCCACCGUUCUGGAUCUCUUUGGAUUGAUAACUCGUCAAACCAAUCAAUCUUCAAUCAUGACAUUCGGCAAAAUGUUUGCUUCAUGUUUCUCUUUUAACCAGGCUAAUCAGUAUCUAAAUAGACCAUCAGGAAAAAGUACUCCAAACAUUCUUAGUGGAUUAGCUGUGUUGACCAUGUAUUGUUUGAUUAUUGGCCAUACGUACUUUUUUGGUGGUUUUUACAAAACAUCGGAGUCAAUUAAUCGUUGGACUGAAGAUUUGCCUUCAAAUCUUGGCAAGCUGACCAAUCAAGUUUUCUUGAAUACACAUUUAUUUCUGGAUAGUUUAUUUUUCAUCAGCGGUGUUUCAAUUGCUUGCUUGUAUUUGCCAAAAGUUUCAUCAACAAGAUGGAUUUCAGAUUAUCUUUUACUGGUUUUAUCUCGAUGGUUACGAUUUGUUCCUUUAAUUUCAGGAGUCAUCUUAAUCAAUUAUUUGUUCCCAUAUUUGAGCUCGGGUCCAAAUUAUAAAUAUCAUGUGUAUCAAAUUAUCGACAAUUGUCAAGUUAAUUGGUGGUCACAUUUUCUAGCGAUUGGUAAUUUGUAUGGCAACGUUGACACAAUGUGCGCCCCGCAUCUUUGGUAUCUUUCAGUGGAUAUACAGCUUCAUCUGUUUUGUAUCAUUAUUUUCAUGGGUUACCAUCGAAGCAUCAAUACUGGACUUAUUUUGAAUUUGAUUUUCAUAUUCAUUGGUGUUUUAUCAUCAGCAAUUUCCAAUCUUUAUUAUGAUACAAAUGCAACCUUUGGAUUGGACCAUAUCGUAGAUUAUGACUCGCUUCAACGCCAGUUUGAUGUAACGUAUUUUCCAACUUAUCUACAUUUGGCUCCAUUCGCAUUUGGCAUCAUGAUUGGUACUCUGGUUCAUAAAUAUACAAAUAAAACCAAGCCAAUCAAGUUUUCAAUGCUUAUUUCAGUGAAUGGAUGGCUUUUCUGUGCCUUUUUGAGUAUAGUCGCCAUGUUUAGUAGCUUUCUCUGGAACAAUGUUGAUAUCCAUUUUAAUUUAAAUCUUUCUAGUCGUGUUAUCUUCGCUGGAUUUCAGCGAACUUUAUGGUGUUCAUUUUUAGCUUGGGCCAUCUUCUUGUGUACAACUGGAGAGUCAAAUUUUUUCACCUCUGCUCUUUCAUCGCACCACUUCAGAGUUCUGAGUAGACUUGUUGGUUGCAUUUAUGCUGUACAUACAAUUCCAAUCGACAUCCGAACUUAUUCCUUUAAAUUCACCAAAUUGUGGGAUGACCAUUUCUUCAUAUCUUGGUCACUAUUCAACAUAGUUUCUGCCAUAACACUUGGGUACCUUUUCUUCAUCUUUCUGGAAUUUCCUAUCAUCAGGAUUAUUCAUUUGCUUCGAGUGACAGACCCAACAGCUUUUAAUGAUGACACUACCAAAAGAAAUCCAUCCAAAGACAGCAAAUUUAAAUUCACCUCCAAGAUUUCAAGUUUAUCUGCAAGAAAAAAUGGUAAAUUUGAAAUCAAUCCUAAAGUAUAAUCAUAUAAAUAUCAAGCUCUCACAUUUUCUGUAAAUUUACCUAUUUUCACAUCUUUCAUAAUCAUUCAUAUUGUAAAUUUUGAAUCUCAAAGUCAUAUUCAGUUUCAUUUGAA